CGCAGAGGUGGCGAGACCUGUCAGAGUUCAAACAAGGAAUUAGAGGAACGAGGACCGUCAUCCGAGACCAUGGGCACGAAUAAAACUAAAUUAAAUCUAUUUUUGCCGCAGUUAACGUGAUUUCGUUUGUUUUAAUCUUUCAUAAACUGCUGCGCAACGAGGAGUCAUGGAGCGCGCGGAGACGAAACCGCCAUCGAAAUCAAAUCAGGAACCCAUACGAUUCGGGAUCGACCAGAUUCUGGGCUCUUUGGACCAGCAGAGCAGGGUCGGAAACACUGUGGAUAACAGCCGCUUGGGAAGCCCAUCCAGGGCGACCGUCGCGCCUCAUGUCUCCUUACCCGUCUCUCUGUCCGGAGUCACGGGCGCGCUGGAGGACUCCGGGCGGGUGUACGGGGUGAGCGGCACUCUGGUGCCCAGUGGAGUGAUUCGGGUUCCGGCGCACAGACCUCUCGCUGCCGCGGUGCCGCCGGCCAUGGUGAGCGCCGCACCGGCGCUGUGUUUCCCCUGGAUGGACAAUAACCGCAGGUUCCCUAAAGACAGACUGCCAGCUCUCAUUCCGUUCACCGUGACCCGGCGGAUCGGUCACCCGUAUCAGAACCGAACUCCCCCCAAACGGAAAAAGCCCCGCACGUCGUUCUCGCGCGUGCAGAUCUGUGAGCUGGAGAAACGCUUCCACCGGCAGAAGUAUCUGGCGUCCGCGGAGCGCGCGACGCUCGCCAAGAGCCUAAAGAUGACCGACGCGCAGGUCAAGACCUGGUUCCAGAACCGACGGACCAAGUGGAGAAGGCAAACAGCUGAGGAAAGAGAGGCGGGACGGCAGCAAGCCAAUCGGAUGCUGCUUCAGCUUCAGGCCGACGCCCUCCAGAAGUCCAUGAGCGAAUCAGUGUCGUCGGAUCCUCUAUGUGUGCAUAACUCCUCCCUCUACGCCCUCCAGAGCCUCCAACCUUGGGUCCAGGAGAGACCGGGUAAAAUGGCCCCAACAACCACGGCACUGGCUUAAAAUCUCUGCCAUGAUGCUGGAAUCAGGACAGUGAAGCUUCAAACUGUCCUGCACUUUCAGAAUGGAAAGACUGAAACCUCAUAUCUGAAUAUGAAUCAGGCUUUUUGAACAGUUUUUUUUUUUUUUUUUUCAUCUAAGCACUUUUUGUGGGAAUUGUGAACUGUAAUGACAUCUGUGAGUUUGUUAUGGACACAAAAACUUUCCAAACACCAUCCCAUGUAGAUGCUGCCUUGGAAAAAUAGGGUGAAACAUUCACAGAAACUAACUGUCAAUCAACCUGAAUCACAGAAUUGUAUAUAUGAACUGUUUAAUUGAUGUCUGUGAGAAAGUCUACAAAAUAUUGUACUUAUCGUAAUUAUUUUGUGCUCUUAUGGUGGCGAUGCAUUACCGACUAAUGUUUGUCAUUGUUGACGUACUUUCAACCGGAAAAAGCAAUGGUGUGUAAAUACAGUAUAACACUGAACAAUCAGCAUUAUGCAUUGAGAAUUUUAUUGUUAAAUAGUUUAUACAACAUUCCAACAAGAGGAUAUUUAAGCUUCCCGUCUCCUCCAUCUGUCUGUCUGAUUGACCGUCUGUCUCUCCGUCAUAAUGGAAACAUAAUCGUCCCUCAGUCGACCCUGUACUUUAUACAAUACACAGUUUUUAUAUAACUCUCAGAGACACUGACGCUCCGUAUUUGAUUAUUCAGGCCCACUUUGCAGAGUAUAAAAUAUACAUUGUGUGUCAUAAAUCAAAUAUCAUAUAUAUUAAACUCAUCAAGCUUGACCGGCACAGUGAUUGUUCAAAAACACAUCAUAACAUGAUCAGAAAUGAGCAGAAAAAUAAUAAAAAACAGCAUUACUAUGGUUAUCAGAGCAUAUUCGGGUCUGCCAGGACUGUUUGUGAUUGUGAUAAACACAGGUUUCUACUUUCAACACACUUUUAAACAUGAUGGCUUAUGUUUCCUGGCACAAAAGUAUUUGUUCAUGUGUGUGUCAUAUAUAUAU